AUGUCGGGAGAGGAUGGCAACCACUCAAUGAGUAUUUACGAUACGGUUGAGCAUGAUAUGAGGCACUCCAAAGAGUAUUUGGCGAAUAUGAAGUUUAACUACAUAGAAGUACUGCAUAAGUCAAUUUUCCUGAAAAGACUCAGGGGCCAGCAGGGCUCGGAGGUGCCAAAUUGCAAAGACGAAUUGGUAGCAACAAAAAAGCAAAUAGAAGAAUUUCGGAGAAGAUUUGAAAAAAUAUCGCAUGAAGUCAGUGCACUAAGGGAAGAAGCAGAAAAACAGGAAAGUAUUUUGCGGUCUGCCAAGGAAAAGGAAACUCUUCUUGUCAAAAAAAUAGAAGAAAUUGCAAGCACAGAGAAAACACUCAAAGCAUUCUCUGAGAUAAAGGAGGACCAUGAAGAAAGGGUAAGGGAAAUUGCGCAGGUGCACAGCAGUAUAGAAGACCUUGAGAAAAGAAUAGACCAGCAGACACAGCUGCUCAGCACAAAGACCACAAUGAAGGAGACACUGUCUGGGCAGAAGAUAUCCCUUCAGGAGAGACUGAGUGACCUGCAGAAAACCUCAAAUCAGCAGCUAGUAUACCAGUAUAACUGGUACAAGCAGUUUAUGAGCGUAUUGUAUAAGCUCGUGGGCAUACGCGUGAUUGAUGUCCGGCAGAGCAUACACAAGCACCAGGAGACCAUAUACAACAGCACAGAAGACAGGGAGCAGAAAAAGAAAGAGAACACAAAUGAGAUAAGUGUUAAGCUUCUGUCAAAACAAAAAGACAGAACCGUUGUGAUUACUUUAAUAUUUAUUAAUGGGAAACUAAACAGCUACAUGUUCCACAAGACUGAAGGUGCCCUGCAGAUUGAGCCUGCCUGCUGCAACGAGUUAUUUGAAUAUUGCAAGAAAGUGAACAGCACCAAGCACUUCAUCUUUGAGGGAAUGCACCAGCAGCUAGCAGACCCUGCCCCAAAGAGCACACACAGCAAGAAGUAG